AUGAAUGACAAUUUUUUAGGGAUUGUCUCAUAUUUCUUGGGUCCACAAGGAACUCUUUUAAUUUUUCUUCCUGCGUUUAAUUUCCAGCACUAUGCAUCACGCUUUUGCUCUUCGUACCAUUGCCAUCAAUAUUCCCCUUUCUCUUUGCGCUACCAUCCUUCUGCUAGUUUUUUUUUUUCUCCUCUUACUGCUACCAUAUUUCUCUUCUUUUUUUUUUUACCUCCCACUGAUCUCUUCCUCCAACCACGUCUUAAACGUCUGUUCUUCGAGUACCGAUACAAUUGGCUUCAUUUUCUUUCACUCUGUGAAAGCCUAAUUAUUUCUCUUUCUGUCUUCUCCCUUUUCCUCGAUGUCUCCUCAAAGUCUACCACCGUUUCGAGGUGCUUGAAUUUUUAUCGAAAUAGGGCCGCAUUAAUUUUUUUUUUUUUUUUUUACAUAUCUACUCCUUUUUUGUCCAACAACAAUCUAGGAUACAAAGCUCUUAAGACACUGAACUACUGUCCAAUAGGUUUUACAGUACAGUUCGUGUUGUUAUUACAGUUAAGAUAA